AUGGAAGGCGGCGAUCAAGACGUUGAUGCAAAGCGGCCACGGCUGGAGCCCGUUGCUCACGGAUUGCCUGCUCCUCCACCUCCUCCAUUAUCGCAGGCGCACCAUCCGAGGCCCUUGCACUACUCUGAGCCUCCGCCAUCCCAACCGUAUCCUCGAAACCUACCGCCGAUCCCCCAUCCCCAGGUACCGCUAUCUGGGCCAGCCUACCGCGAACCUGCAGGCUCCGUCUACGAUUCAAGAGCUGCUGCCGUUGAGCACCGGGCGUUACCCGACCCUCAAGCCUUCCCACAACCACGGCCUGGGUACGAGGCGUAUGAGACGCCCGCUCCCUCGGCGUCGAGAUCAUACUCUUCAUCCUCUAUCCCUCGAGCUACCACCACACCUGUACAGCCAGCUACAACAGACGCCCAGAUACGGCCAUCACUCACCGUCGCCGUCGGUUACAACCACGAACAGCAUCCUCCGCUCACGCCUAUGGAGCAUGGCGGACACCCCCAUGUGUACACGGGCGUAGACCACCACCGCAGCAAUGGCGCCAGCAACGGGUACCCCCCGGCUACUCCCCACGAACAAUAUACGCCCGGACCGAUGGGACCAGCACAGGGUUAUGCACCUACACCGGUAACGGCUUAUGGGCCGCCUAGCCUUUAUGGGCAGCCCUCACAAUACCAUCAGCCUCGUAGGAAGCAGGUCAGAGCGGCACAGGCCUGUAACAACUGUCGCCAACGUAAGCAGAAGUGUGAUGAGCAGAGGCCGUGUGCUUUUUGUAGGGAGCAGAGUCUCGAGUGUGAAUAUAAGGACGUCCCACCGCCAAAGCAAGAUCGGACCAUGAUAGCGCUGCUGGAAAAAGUGGAUUCUAUGAUGCAAGCGCAGCAAGACUUAAGACAAGAGUUCCUGGGUCGCUUGACAAAGAUCGAGCGUCGUCUUCCUGCGAAGCCGCCCGCCCAAGACUCUCCAAGCUCAACUGGAAGCCGUAUGCGGCUUCCAUCCUUGCUUUCAGACCCUGACGGAGGCCCGUCCCCUCGGCCAAGUGUAGGACAACCAUCGCCGGCUUCAGUAAACGUUCCGAUUAUCCCAAUGCUUGCAAACCGCGAUCCGCCAGCUGGUUUUCCGGAGAAUGUGGCCUCCGGAGACCGUAAACAGUAUCCAGAACCUGUUGUAAGUGACGAUCAAUCCGACGAAGUGGAAGCCGGACUGCCUGCGGACCACACAACGGCUGCGCAUCAGCUGUUGACGCAGUGGGCCAAAGUGAUGCAGCCUUUCUUCAAAGGCACAGGCGUAGAGGACGAACAUUAUGUCAUGAGAUUGGAGCACGGGCGCGGUGUUCUAAGGCUAUACGGAUGGGGCGAAGGUGAUGACGUGGGAGAUGGAGGACACCAGUUGGGCAGUCCAGCCGGUAGUUCGGACCGGGAUGCUUACAGUCCCGCACCCUCACCUCCGGUGGGAAUAUGGGGUACUGGCUUGUCACCUGCCGCAAACGUAGAAGUCAAGCGAUCGGAUCCAACGCUCGCUGGAGAUCUAAACCCCAAUGGAUCGCUGAAGCUGGACAAGCCCACCGUGGACCGUCUGUUUGCCAGCUAUAUGCGAAACAUCCAUAUCCUCCAUCCGUUUCUGAACGAAAUCCGGCUUAGUAAGAUGAUUGAGGUUUUCGCAAACCGGUACGGUUCUGGUGCAGCAUCUGUCAGGUCGCCUGGAUUUGCCGUUCAGUCCCUGACGAGCCAGCCACUGAAAAGGAAGCGUUCAAAUGGAGGUACAUCUGGAAUGGGCUUCUCCAGCAUGCCGGAACCAGGCUUUUUCAACCAGCCAAAGUCUUCACUGGAACGUUCAAUAAGUAGUGCUAUCGUUCUACUUGUGCUAGCACUUGGUAGGAUUUGCGAGCAUAAGCAGCCACUACCCGGUCCUGUGGAAACUCCUGCUAGCAAUACGGACAUCCAUGGAAUGCUGGGAGCGGAGUCUCCAGUGGCAGCAUACAGGGCAUCACCAGCAUCCUCGCACUCUACCCUGGCCAGUACCGCUUCUCCUAGUAAUGAGCCGAUUCGAUCCGUCCCCAGCCGCCGACCGUCUUUCGAAGCUUUGCCUUCUCACGAGCAGUCAUUGUUCAUCAAAAGGAAUCGAAAUGUGGACAUCAUACCUGGUUUCGCUUACUACGCUCGAGCCACUGACAUACUAGGCAAUCUCCAUGGCGGAAACGAUCUGUCUCAUGCGCAAGCGAAUUUGCUCGCUGGGUUGUACAUGGGACAACUUGCUCGUGUCAUUGAAAGCUGGGCGUGGAUAUUUCAUGCGUCGAUUAAAUGCCGCGUUUUGAUUGAGCAGGUGAUUUGCACGAAUCCGAACGCUCUAUCGCGGAACACUACCGCGAAAGGCCAGAAGCUGGUGCAUGAAGACCUGAUCAAGUUUUGCUUUUGGACUUGCUUGCAACUGGAAAGUGACAUACUCGCCGAACUCAGCAACUUACCUCACAGUGGAAUUGGCCAGUAUGAGCAAAGAGUGGCAUGGCCGACCGGAGUCCGGGAGGAUCUGGCAGAAACUCAGAAACUGACCCCACACGUGGAAACGAUAAUGCUCUACUACUCGGCGCAAAUCCACCUUCGCAAAGAGCUCAAUCGCGUGCACAGGAUUCUGUAUAGCAAAAAAGGCAAGUCUAAACGCUCCAAGAGAGGCGGCUGGGCGAAUGCCGCGGAUCCCACGAUGCUCCAAGAGAUGCUCGAAGCAUGGCGAGCAACGUUACCACCGAGCUUCCAAUGGAGCGACUCGGACCCAGCGCCUGAAGAUAUCAACGCAGCACGUCUGCGCGCUAAAUACUACGGUGCGAAGUACAUUAUAACACGCCCCUUCCUCUAUCGUGCAGUCGUCGAGAUGAAGCCACGACCCGAUCUACUAUUUGGUGUGGAACAAGAUCCACAAGGAAUGCAGCGCUCUGGUAGUAACAAUUCAGGCACUCCAAGCAGCGGCGUAGCGCGGUUCGAGCAGAACCUAUCUACUGAAGAUGCGCGUGCGGUCAUCGAGGCUUCUAGGGUCUGCGUGCAAGCAGCCAUGAAGAGCACAGUCGCAUUUGACAGGCUGAGAACAGAGGACGGGCAGAAGAGCAGGCCAGUUGUAACCAACAUCUUCGGCACUGCUCAUGCCCAAUAUGGCAACAUGCUUGUACUUGCGGCUACCCACAACUCUUGGCUCAAGCCGCUAAUUCCACGGGAGGAGCUUGACAGGCUCCUUGACCGUACUAUCAACCUCCUGGACGAUCUCACUCCUAUAUCGCCUACGAUGAGGGCUAACGCUGCUAUCCUGAGGAACACAAAGGCAGUCAUCCACUCAGCGGCAACUUCGCUACCGAUGUCUGCGCACAGUUCCUUCGCCGAGAGGUGA